AAUGCAUUUUGGUUCGAUUGGUGUUUCCCUUCUCUACCACCACAGAGAAAAUAAAACAUUACUCUAUAGCUAACACAGUCACAAAUCUUAUUUUGGGGGUAGCAGAUAGGUGGUGUUAUGGAAAAUGCGCUCGUAUCCAAACCAAAUCGCAUAAAUAAUAUAAAAUUAUAAAUAUUUCAUAAAACGGAACGCCGGAUACGAUUAAAAUCAAAACUAAAAUAUAUCGAUAAAACAAUAUUUAACAACGUCUCUGUGACAACCUCUUUUAUCGAUUAAACGCCCGCUCAACAAUUCAACGCGGCAUUUACGUUAUUGUAAAGCUAUGUGUUUACGUGUUUUCAUUGGGCGAAGAGAGUCAUUACAUGCAAUCCCCAAAUGGAGGAGAUUCUAGAGAAGAAUAUAUUCAACGAUAGUCAGUUGUUGAAGCUGGCUCCGGACUACUGUCCUGCUGAUAUCAUACUGCGGAUGCAAAUGAGAAGAUCCAUGGUGAAGGACUCACACUGUCAUGGACUAAAAAGGAAGCAAUCUCAAAGAAACAACUCAACGAAACACACUGCAGCCGAUAAUUCCAGAAUAAACACAGAAAUUGUGAGACUGAAAGACACAUUUGAAACAGAAAAUACAAAAAAUGAGAUAAACUUGAAGAAUUCUAACGUAAUAUUGUCAAAAACUAAAAUAGUUGAAAGCAAACGCAAUAACUUUAAUACACAAGCUUCCCUCGAUGAUAUUCAAUUUAUUGAAAGAAAAGAACAUGAUGUUAAUAAAGAAGAAAUCAAUGAUUUGCAAUGUAAUGGUACAGCGGUUGAUCCAUUUAGCUGUUAUUAUAGCAAUUUAGAUGAGGUAACUGAAAAACUACGAGGAAUGAAAGUGAACUCUGACGAAAAUGUGACCAAUAAAUCUAAAUAUUUUCGCAAAAGCCAUAAUCAUCAUUAUAUAGAAUCAAACCAGUCAAAUAAUAAUGACAAAUUCAAGGAUCCAAUGGAUGAUCUGCAAUCCUUGUUAAUAAAAAUGGCUAUAGCAUCUGUACCAACUGAUGAUAGCGUGGACAACCACAAUACUGCUAUAACUAAAGAUACCCAUGAAUGCAAUGAAAUAAAUAGCAACACUUUGGAAAUAAAUUUGAGUAGUCUUGUAUUAGAAAGCCAUAAGAUAAAAACAGAUGAUAAUGAAGACUUCUUAAGAAUACAAUCACUUAAAGUUAAUUAUAAUAAAAGAGAUGGUUACUUGGCAAACAAAUAUUUAAAAAAAUGGCGAGGAUAUGUGGCGCGGAAGAAUCAACAGUCAACAGAGCAAAGGAAAGCCGUAAUCCAGAACUUUUUUGAUAAAUUAGAAAGAAAGAAAAACGAAAUUAACUGUCCAACUGAUCCCGCUAAUAAAGCAAAAUUGUAUGCCAAAGAUUAUAGCAACUACCAACACAGAUAUAAGGUCCAGAAACACAUAAUAGCUCUGCAAAAGGCGAAACUGGAGGAACAGAACAGGCUGAUUGAAUCAUUGAAAUACAACAAGAUUAUUGACACCUCCCGCCAGUCUGUGGAGGCGAUGAAGGAGGAAGUCAGGAGGACAUACUUCGAGAUCGACAGGCACCUCAAGCCGAAGAUAAAGUGUAUGACCAACGAGCUAAAGAUACCUGAGAUUAAAGAGCCAGCACUAGUGUUACACUGCCUGAAAGUGCCACAGUUCCUUCAGAGAAUGGAGAAACGGGCAAGAGAGAGAGAAGAGAAACACGCGCUCAUACGAGAGAGACGGGCGCAGAUGGAGGAAGAGAGAGUCAGGAUGAAACAACAGAUGGAGUUGGCCAAAUUAGAAAUGGACAAAGAAGAGAAAUUGAAAAGGAUGAAAGAGUUAAAGGAAAAGAGGAAAAGGGAGAAAAUAGAGAACAUAAGGAAGAAGCAACACGCUGAACGAAUGAGAGCAUUGAUCGUGAUGGCAGAUCUACACUACGAGAAGAAUUUAGUGAACCGAUGCGGCUUACAACCCUGGAAGAGACUAGUCGAGAUAAAAAGAGACAACAUGGAGAAAGCGAGAGCACACUACAAGUUUCAGCUUCGGAAAAACGUGUUUCUGAAUUGGAUGUGGCAUACAGAGGACAUGUGGUAUGAGAGGAAUUUCAAAGCCGAAGAUUUUAACAGGAAGAAGCUUUUGAAGAGAGCUUUCAACGGUUUUAAACAGCACCACCACCACUACGUACUGCUGCGGCAGACGGCUGAAGACUAUUACGAGCUGUACCUGGUACAAGUCGCCUUCCGGGGGCUCCGCCGGGGCGUCCUGGAGGCUCGCCGGGAGCUGCAGGUCAAGUGGGAGCGAGCCGUGCAGUACUAUAACAGCGACCUGCUAUUCAAGACAUUCUCGUGCUGGCGCACCCUGCCGGCUCUGAUGGGGCUGCAGCGGCAGCAGGAGGCGCGCAAGGCUCGCUGGCGGGAGAAGGUGCUGCAAGUCGUGCCGGACUAUACCCCGCCAGAGAAGUAGACGCCAACAGCUACAGUGGGGUCACUUUAUAUAACGAAAAUCGAAGUUUCGAACACCUACUUACUACGCGAGCCACGACUCUAUCUCGUAUCUCGUUGAAUUAAACGUGCCGAUUGUACGACAGCUCUCGUUUGUUCGUUUUUCGUCAGGAUAGAGUACCUAACCCUCCAGCACCGACACAGAUUAUUAGCAAUGAACAAUCCAUAAGAAAGAAAGAAAAAUAGUUUAGUGCUAACUAC